AUAUUUAAAAUUUAUUUUAGCUGAUUUGCCUCGGUUAAAUGUAAGUUACAAACCACAAAAAAUUAGUCCAAAAAGUCAAUGUUUAGUUAGAGUUCUUCUACAUGAAAAAAUAAGAGAUGCUUAUGUACACCCACAAUUUGUGACAGAAGUUAUGAAACCUUUGAAAAUUGAUGAUAUAAUGGAUCAAGAAGUUCAAAACUUAUCAGGAGGAGAACUGCAAAGAGUAGCUAUUGCACUUUGUUUAGGAAAACCUGCUGACAUAUAUUUAAUUGAUGAACCAUCAGCUUACUUGGAUUCUGAGCAACGUUUAGUGGCUGCUAAAGUUAUUAAAAGAUUUAUUUUACAUGCUAAAAAAACUGGAUUUGUGGUUGAGCAUGAUUUUAUUAUGGCAACAUAUUUAGCCGAUAGAGUCAUAGUCUUGGAAGGCCAACCAUCUAUUACUUCAACAGCCAAUGCUCCUCAAGGCUUGUUAGCAGGAAUGAAUCGUUUCUUGGAAUUACUUGGAAUUACAUUUAGAAGAGAUCCUAAUAACUUCCGCCCACGUAUAAAUAAAACAAAUUCUGUAAAGGAUGUGGAGCAAAAAAGAGCUGGCCAAUAUUUUUUCUUGGAAGAUUAAAUUGUUAUGUUAAACUUAUUUUUUCAAUGUAUAUUAUUUACAUUAAAUAUCAUAAGUACAAAUUUUGAUAUAA